AUGCAGAUAGUAGAGAUUGAACAGGCCCCAAAAGACUACAUAAGCGACAUUAAAAUCAUCUCUUCCAGAUCACUGCUUUUAAUAACGUCUUGGGAUGGUUCGUUAACGGUCUACAAAUUCGACAACCAGGGGAAAAAUGUUAAACUUUUACAAUCGCUACGUUAUAAGCAUCCGUUAUUGAGCUGCAAUUUUAUCAAUAAUCCCGAUCUGCAAAUAUACGUGGGAACUGUACAGGGUGAAAUUCUAAAAGUUGAUUUGAUAGGUAUGCCCAGCUUCCAAGCUUUGACGAGCAAUGAAGCGAAUUUGGGCAUUUGCCGAAUAUGCAAAUAUGGAGAUGAUAAACUUAUUGCCGCGUCAUGGGAUGGCCUGAUAGAGGUUAUCGAUCCUCGCAAUUACCUUGACGAAGUCACUCCUGUGAAAAAUCUGAACUCUAAUAACACGAAAGUAAAGAAUAAGGUAUUUACCAUGGAUACGAACUCCUCUCGAUUAAUCGUUGGUAUGAACAAUAGCCAGGUCCGAUGGUUUCACCUACCACUCUGUGAAGAUGAUAACGGAACAGUGGAGGAAUCUGGACUGAAGUAUCAAAUAAGAGACGUCGCCCUUUUACCACAAGACCAAGAAGGUUAUGCAUGUAGCAGCAUUGAUGGGCGUGUCGCCGUGGAGUUCUUCAAUGAUCAGGGCAAUAGCGACAGCUCAAGCAAAAGGUUCGCAUUUAGAUGCCACCGUUUGAAUCUAAAGGACACCAACCUAGCGUAUCCAGUAAACUCUAUUGAAUUUUCCCCUCACUCUGAGUUCUUAUAUACAGCCGGUUCUGAUGGCAUUAUUUCAUGCUGGAAUCUACAAACCCGCAAGAAGAUAAAAAACUUCGCCAAAUUUAACGAGAAUAGCGUCGUUAAGAUUGCUUGUUCGGAUAAUGUUUUAUGUCUGGCAACUUCUGACGAUACCUUCAAAACGAACGCCGCAAUUGACCGUACCAUUGAACUAGAUGCAAGUUCAUUAUACAUAAUAUUUGACUAUGAGAGCUAA